AUUUUAGCAGUUAGUCUAAACUGAUUGAACAUAGCUGUUUGAGAAUGUGACCGUCACGAAAUACCUGAUCCAAUGACAGAUCCAUAUAUGGGGCCAGAUGGUCGAGACUAGUUAAAAAUGCCGCCAACCCCUGUCGCUCUUUUACCGAAAAACAUCUCCUGAAUUCGCUCCAGGCGUUUUGUAAACAAAUAAUGUUUGUCUAAAAUUGUACACGUUAUUUGAUUUGCGCUCUGAUUUCGGAUUUUUGCCAAUGAAGUACAAGCGCUCAAAUUGACCAUCCAGGAUCAGAUAUAAAACACAGACUGGAGCAUCUGAGAAAUAAGAUGUGAUAACAGGUAUUAGCUUGGGUAGAUAAGAUAAUAAAACCAUCAUUGAUACAAUAUAUGUUCAUUCUUCCUCUGUACGCCAGUUGGUAUUCAUGGCUUCUACUGCCUCGAGGUAAUUGCUUAAACAGUGUGAAAGAGUAUUAGUACAACUAAACAGAUCAACAUGGAUGGAUAACACUUAAAGGACAUGGUUAUUGAGAUAUCUUGUUAGGCGGGCCGUUUUGAAAAGUGAUCUAACUUCCGCAAGAAGUGGGAUUUGAGGUUUGAACCUCAAGAGUUCUCUUCCUCCGGCUUUGCGCAACAAAUGAAUUGCAGAAUAUUAUUUUGAUAUCACACUGUGAUCCCAGGUGCGUGGAUGGCACGUAAUAAAUAAGCUUACAUUUUAUUCAGUUCAUUAACCUUCCACAAGAUUCAUGUGCUGCUGACAAACACGGACACACAUAACCACGUCCUGGCAGUGGAGCAACUUGAUACAUAUACAAGAGAAGUACACUAAUUGAAAACUGUUGUUCAUUGAUAAACUACAGCGCGGAAUACCAACAUGAAUCGCCAAAUUACAGUUAAAAUACCACUGAUGAAAAUUACUUCGUAUCACAGCAAAGAAACGAAUCCUUUCCAAGCUUGUAAUAACAACGUUCAAGUGUCUCCGGUGUUAGCUUUUGAUUCUGGCCCAGGAUUUGAGUCAAGACCGCUUCUUGAGCCCGACCUUCGGAAUCUACCGAAUGUAGACUCAACCGAACUGGACAGCUCUUUACGAGAUUUAUUGAUGGAAAAAAUGAAAUCUGGCAACGUUUUUACCGACGAUAACGAUGACACUAUUUCUGAAAUUUCAACGUGCAGCUCGGUAGUCGGUCUAGAGACUGUUGAUGAGAGUGAUUCAGCAAACACUUCAGCGCCGACAGGUAGCCGAACGACCUCGAGGGCGUCUUCGUUUAAUGCCGGAUCGACGUCGAAGACUAACGAAGGAACCAGUUAUCAUUCAUUAAGCGAAGCCGAAGAGGAAGAUGGUCGAAAAACAGCAAUGAAAAAGUCUAAGAAAAUAUCUGACUUGUUUCCGUUUAACGCUGCAAGUCUUGGCGGAAAUGGGGUCGCUGAUGAGAAUGAUGAGAUUCGACCCCCUGCGCCCUCUGAGAGAAGAAGAAAGCUCAGCAUCACUAGAAGAAUUUCUCCGCUAUCUUUGCAUGGAAUUUUCGCUGGGAAUCAAUCUACUGGUUCGAAUAAACAAGAUGUUACUAACGAGAAAGAAACAAAGAGGACUCGCAAAUUAUCUUUGACGAUAUUUCAUAAACCAACGAGUGAGAAAGAACGAAAGAGACGAAACACUGACCCACAACUUCCACCAAAUCAACAAGUGGCAACUACCAUUGAAAACGAAGAGAAGAGAAGAGUAGAAGAGGCGGCGAAUUUAGAGCGUAAAGAGUCACAAACCAAGCCUGUCCCUGAACAAGCCUUCUUCAAAGAGGAAGAUGUCAAAAUCCACGACCUCAUUAGGCACGUGCUGCGCGCGCAUCUUUUAUCAAUGAAAGAAUACAAGCGAGAGACUUGUGACCGAGUUUGUAAAAGCAUCUGUAGAAUUUUAAAAACGCUUGUAGAGUCCAUGAAGGAGACGGAAAAUGUUCAGUGCAAGGUUGUAUGCCAAGCGUACAUCGGAUCCGUGAGAGACGAGGGAAUGUUCGCCUCUGUCCAGGCCUUAUGGGAGACUGAUCGAGAUAACUUCGCUGCGGCGAGUUUUAGGAGUGAUUCUUUGUUUGGAUUUGCGUCUGUUAUAACAAACUCUCUAUACUGAUAUAUCAUAUAAAUGUUAAUCACCACACUAAUAUAUUCAUACGAUGAUGAAAUAACUUGCAUGUCAGAUUCUUCGGGUACGGAAAUGUAGGAGCUACGGUUUCCCGCCAUGGCGUGUCAUGUUUAUUUGUUUAGUUUUAGAUAUCAGUCUGGCUGAAAUUGGAUUAAAAAUAUUGAAGUGUUA